CACACCUUCUCAUCAGUUGAUGACUUAGAGACUCUUCACUUCUCAAAUCCCCAACCACCUCUCUCUCUCUCUCCUCCGCUGAAUCACUGCUGUCCCCUUUCAGGGGUUUUGUGUGUGCUGGAGUCUGAGACCCUCAAUUAUGGACUCGGCCGGUUUCAAAUGGAUUGCUUGCUGAUCUGGGUUUGGUUUUUUUGGUGAGUUUUCAGGUAAAGUUUGAAUCUUUGGGGGAUUUGGAACAAGGGUUGCGUGGGAAAUUGGAUUGAGAAGUUGUGGUUUUGUGGGGUUUGUUUGGGUUGGAGUUGAUUUCUUUCUGUGUCGAAUAAUGGAGCAAGAAUCACAGAAGAGGAAGCUUGAUGAGACUGGCAUUGAGCCCUCGAAUGCUCCCAUUCUUUGUGUGAAUAAUUGUGGGUAUUAUGGAAGUGCCAAAACUAAUGAUCUCUGCUCCAAAUGCUACAAGGAGUUUUUACUAACGCAAUCGAAAGGUGCGGUGGAGGGUACCGUGAUUGUGGAGAAUAAGGUUGGUGAGGGUGGGGCAAAUGUGGUGAAUAAGUCCCAUGUUGAACAAGUAGUUGAAGAAGUUAGACAGAGUCAAGUUGAAGAAGGGACGACUUCGGAGAACCCCGAGAAGCGCCCCGCAAAUAGGUGCAGCUUUUGUAGAAAGCGGGUUGGCCUAACGGGGUUCAAGUGCAGAUGUGGUGAUACAUUUUGUUCCCUGCAUCGGUACUCCAACUCUCAUAACUGCAUGUUUGAUUACAAGAGUGCAGGCCAGGAUGCAAUUGCAAAGGCAAACCCUGUCAUCAAGGCUGAUAAAAUUGAUAAAAUAUGAUCGUUAAGAGAAGCGUGGAACGGAACAUGAGUGUCUGGUAGACUUCAUUUCCCUUAUGAAUUAUUGCUGAAUAUACAUUGGUGUUUGACAUAAUAAGUUUAUAUUUUGAUAAUUAUUGCUUCAUGUGUAUAUCUGUUGAUUGUGGUGUAGCUGAAUAAGACUAGCUCUAGAAAAAUUGGGUUUAUUUAUAUCAAUGUGGUUUUCGUAUUC